AUGGCAUCUGCAUCCAACCAGUCCGUUUACCGGGCUACCACCACUGCCCCCGUCAACAUUGCUGUUAUCAAAUACUGGGGCAAGCGUGACACUACUCUCAACCUCCCAACCAACUCCUCUCUCUCCGUCACUCUCUCUCAACGCUCCCUCCGAACCUUGACCACUGCCUCCUGCUCUGCUGAGUACCCAACUGCGGACACUCUGAACCUGAAUGGCAAGCCCCAGGACAUCCAGUCCUCCAAGCGUACACUCGCAUGUAUCUCCAACCUUCGUGCGCUGCGCAAGGCUCUUGAGGAUGCCGACUCUUCGCUCCCUAAGCUCUCCGCUCACCCUCUCCGAAUUGUGUCUGAGAACAACUUCCCCACUGCUGCGGGUCUGGCCAGUUCCGCUGCGGGCUUCGCUGCCCUAGUCCGCGCCGUUGCCGACCUCUACCAGCUGCCCCAGUCCCCCAAGGAGCUGAGUCGCAUUGCCCGCCAGGGUUCCGGAUCUGCCUGUCGCUCUCUAAUGGGCGGAUACGUCGCCUGGCGCACAGGCGAGCUUGCCGAUGGCAGCGACAGCUUGGCUGAGGAAGUUGCUCCUGCAUCCCACUGGCCUGAGAUGCGGGCUCUUGUCCUUGUCGUCAGUGCUGAGAAGAAGGACGUCCCCAGCACUGAGGGUAUGCAGACCACCGUGGCUACCUCGGCCCUCUUCGCCGAGCGUGCCCAGAAUGUGGUCCCCCAGCGCAUGACUGCUAUUGAGACUGCCAUUCAGGCCCGCAACUUCCAUGACUUUGCUGAAAUCACCAUGCGUGAUUCAAACACUUUCCACGCCACUUGCCUCGACUCGUGGCCCCCUAUCUUCUACAUGAACGAUGUUUCUCGCGCCGCUGUCCGUCUUGUGCACGAUAUCAACAACGCCGUUGGUCGCACUGUUGCUGCCUACACCUUUGAUGCCGGUCCCAACGCUGUCAUCUACUACGAAGAAAAGGACUCUGAGCUUGUUGCGGGUACCGUCAAGGCCAUUCUCGGCUCCAGCUCCGAGGGCUGGGACGGUGUGUUCUACGAGAGACUUGCUAGUAUCACAGCCCCUGGUGUCUCUUUGGAGAAGAUUGACCCUCGCGCUGUUGAGGUUCUGAAGGACGGCGUGAGCCGUGUCAUCUUGACUGGUGUGGGCGAGGGACCUGUCUCCGUUGAGGAUCACCUGGUCAGUGAGACCGGCGAGAUCCUCAGCACCCUCUAA